CUCUUGCACUCAGGGUGAAGUCAGAAGAUGCUCCGACUUCCUCCCCUUAUUUUCCUUAUCUCCUCUUUAUUCUCCCUCUCUAACUGCGAGGGGGCCAAUCCAAACAGCCCAGAAUUUCCCGCACCAGUAAUCACGGUUGAGCCUAAAUUUGGCAUUGAUCAGGAUGGAUCAGAAACUUUAAUUAAAGUUGCAGUCGAAUCAGAUAAAGGAGUUUCGAACGACUCCGUCAUAGGCAGUUAUGCCACAUCUAGAUCAGAUGAAGGGAAAAUAGAGACAAGUGAUGAGUUACUUGCAAAACUUACAGAAAUGCUAGCUUUUCCAGAGCAAGAUAGAGGAGCUGAUGAGGCUGUCGUCGAUGAAACUGAAAUCUCAGUUAAAAAUCAAAAUCUGGUUAUCCCUGAAAAGACAGCUGAAAGUGCCACUGAGGAGACGGAUGUUAAUUCCACUGAUGAGUUUGAAUUGACUGAGAAACCGAAAGUGGACGUCGCCGACAAACCAAUCGCAAAAGUAACUGAGAGUUCAGCAGUUUACGUAACUGUAAAGCCAGCGUUAACUGAGAAGCCAGACAUUGAAGUAACGGAUAAGCCUGCUGCUGAAAUCAUUGAGAAUCAGGAGGAAGACAUGGCUGAAAACCAGAAUGUAGAAACGACGGAAACGAGCGAGGAAUUACUUGAAAAACUGAAUGAAAUGCUAGCUAUUCCAAAAGAAGAUGAAAUUAAUAACGCUGUCGUUGAAGAAAUUAAAGAAGACGCGGCAACAACACCAAAAUCAACGGAGAGACCAGUUGCAGAAGUAACUGAAAGCCCAGAGGUUGCUGUGACCGAAAAGCCAGAACUGACUGAGAGGCCCGUCGUGGAGGUUACUCAGAAGCCUAUCGUGGAAGUCACUGAAAAGCUCGUCGUGAAAGUUACCGAGAAGCCCAUCGUGGAAAUCAAUGAGAAGAUCGUCGUGGAAGAUACUGAGAUGCUCGUCGCAAAAGAAACUGAGAAGCCUGUCGCAGAAGUCACUGAAACGUCUGGCGUGGUUGAUACUACGUGGUUGACCGAAAAGCCAGAACUGACUGACAGGCCCGUCGUGGAAGUUACUGAGAAGCUCGUCAUGGAAAAUACUGAGAUGCCCGUCGCAGAAGUAACUGAGAAGCCCGUCGCAGAAGUCACUGAGACACCUGUCGUGGAAGUCACUGAGAAGCCAAUCGUGGAAGUCACUGAGACACCUGUCUUGGAAGUAACUAAGAAGCCUGUGGAUGAAGUAACUGAAAAGCCCGUCGUGGAAGUCACUGAGAAGCUCGUCGCAGAAGUAACUGAGAAGCCCGUUGCAGAAGUAACUGAGAAGCCCGUCGUGAAAGUUACUGAAACGCCUGUCGUGGAAGUGACUGAGAAGCCAAUCGUGGAAGUAACUGACAAGCCCGUCGCAGAAGUCACUGAGACACCUGUCGUGGAAGUCACUGAGAAGCCAAUCAUGGACGUAACUGAGAAGCCCGUCGCAAAAGUCACUGAGACACCUGUCGUGGAAGUCACUGAGAAGCCUGUCGAUGAAGUAACUGAAAAGCCCGUCGUGGAAGUUACUGAAAAGCCCGUCGCAGAAGUAACUGAGAAGCCCGUCGUGAAAGUUACUGAGACACCUGUCGUGGAAGUAACUGAGAAGCCAAUCGUGGAGGUAACUGAGAAGCCCGUCGCAGAAGUGACUGAAAAGCCCGUCGUGGAAGUAACUGAGAAGCCCGUCGUGGAAGUCAUUGAAACACCUGUCGUGGAAAUGACUGAGAAGCCAAUCGUGGAAGUAACUGAGAAGCCCGUCGCAGAAGUCACUGAGACACCUGUCGUGGAAGUCACUGAGAAGCCAAUCGUGAAAGUCACUGAGACACCUGUCGUGGAAGUAACUAAGAAGCCUGUCGAUGAAGUAACUGGAAAGCCCGUCGUGGAAGUCACUGAGAAGCUCGUCAACAAAGUUACUGAGAAAUCAAUCGUGGAAGUUACUGAAAAGCCCGUCGCAAUAGUAACUGAGAAGCCCAUCGCAGAAGUAACUGAGAAGCCCGUCGUGAAAAUUACUGAGACACCUGUCGUGGAAGUGACUGUGAAGCCAAUCGUGGAAGUCACUGAGAAGCCUGUCGUGGAAGUGACUGAAAAGCCUGUCGCAGAAGUAACUGAGAGGCCUGUCGUGGAAGUCAUUGAAACACCUGUCGUGGAAGUAACUGAGAAGCCAAUCGUGGAUUUAACUGAGAAGGCCGUCGCAGAAGUCACUGAGAAGCGUGUCGUGGCAGUGACUGAAAAGCCCGUUGCAGAAGUAACUGAGAAGCCCGUCGCAGAAUUAACUAAGAAGCCCGUCGAGGAAGUUACUGAGACACCUUUCAUGGAAGUCACUGAGAAGCCAAUAGUGGAAGUUACUGAGAAGCCCGUCGUGGAAGUGACUGAAAAGCCCGUCGCAGAAGUAACUGAGAAGCACGUCGUGGAAGUCAUUGAGACUCCUAUCGUGGAAGUUACUGAGAAGCCAAUCGUGAAAGUAACUGAGAAGCCCGUCACAGAAGUCACUGAGACACCUGUCGUGGAAGUGACUGAGAAGUCAAUCGCGGAAGUGACUGAGAAGCCUGUCGUGGCAGUGACUGAGGAGCUCGUCAAGGAAGUUACUGAGAAAUCAAUCGUGGAGGUCACUGAGACUCCUAUCGUGGAAGUGACUGAGAAGCCAAUCGUGAAAGUAACUGAGAAGCCCGUCGCAGAAGUCACUGAGACACCUGUCGUGGAAGUGACUGAGGAGUCAAUCGCGGAAGUGACUGAGAAGCCUGUCGCAGAAGUGACUGAGAAGCCUGUCAUAGAAGUCAUUGAGACACCUGUCGUGGAAGUGACAGAGAAGCCAAUCGUGGAAGUGACUGAGAGGCCCGUCGCAGAAGUGACUGAAAAACCCGACGUGGAAGUACCUGAGAAGCCUGUCGUGGCAGUAACUGAAAAGCCCGUUGCAGAAGUCACUGAGAAGCACGUCGUGGAAGUCAUUGAGACACCUGUCGUGGAAGCCACUGAGAAGCCAAUCGAGGAAGUGACUGAGAAGCCUGUCGUGGCAGUGACUGAAAAGCCCGUUGCAGAAGUAACUGAGAAACACGUCGUGGAAGUCAUUGAGACACCUGUCGUGGAAGUGACUGAGAAGCCAACUGUGGAAGUGACUGAGAGGCCCGUCGCAGAAGUGACUGAAAAGCCCGACGUGGAAGUACCUGAGAAGCCUGUCGUGGAAGUACCUGAAAAGCCUGACGUGGAAGUGACUGAAAAGCCCGUCGCAGAAGUAACUGAGAAGCCCGUCGUGGAAGUGACUGAAAAGCCCGUCGCAGAAGUAACUGAGAAGCCCGUCGUGGAAGUCAUUGAAACACCUUUCGUGGAAGUGACUGAGAAGCCAAUCGUGGAAGUAACUGAGAAGCCCGUCGCAGAAGUCACUGAGACACCUGUCGUGGAAGUCACUGAGAAGCCAAUCGUGGAAGUGACUGAGAAGCCUGUCGUGGCAGUGACUGACAAGCCCGUUGAAGAAGUAACUGAGAAGCCUGUCGUGGAAGUCACUGAGAAGGCAAUCGUGGAUGUCAAUGAGAAGCCAAUCGUGGAAGUGACUCAGAAGCCCGUCGCAGAAGUCACUGAGACACCUGUUGUGGAGGUCACUGAGAAGCCUGUCGUGGCAGUGACUGAGAAGCCCGUCGCAGAAGUGACUGAGAAGCCCGUCGUGGAAGUUACUGGGACACCUGUCGUGGAAGUGACUGAGAAGCCAAUCGUGGAGGUAACUGAGAAGCCCGUCGCAGAAGUGACUGAGAAGCCCGUCGUGGAAAUCACUGAGAAGCCCGUCGUGGAAGUCAUUGAAACACCUGGCGUGGAAAUGACUGAGAAGCCCAUCGUGGAAGUCACUGAGAGGCUAAUCGUAGAAGUGACUGAGAAGCCUGUCGUGGAAGAGACUGAAAAGCCCGUCGCAGAAUUAACUGAGACGCCCGUCGUGGAAGUCAUUGAAACACCUUUCGUGGAAGUGACUGAGAAGCCAAUCGUGGAAGUAACUGAGAAGCCCGUCGCAGAAGUCACUGAGACACCUGUCGUGAAAGUCACUGAGAAGCCAAUUAUGGAAGUGACUGUCAAGCGUGUCGAGGCAGUGACUGAAAAGCCCGUCCUAGAAGAGACUGAGAAGCUUGUCGUGGAAGUCAUUGAAACACCUGUCGUGGAAGUGACUGAGAAGCCAGUCGUGGAAGUAACUGAGAAGCCCGUCGCAGAAGUGACUGAGAAGCCCGUCGUGGAAGUGACUGAGAAGCCAAUCGUAGAAGUGACUGAGAAGCCUGUCGUGGAAGUGACUGAAAAGCCCGUCGCAGAAGUAACUGAGAAGCCCGUCGUGGAAUUCAUUGAAACACCUUUCGUGGAAUUGACUGAGAAGCCAAUCGUGGAAGUAACUGAGAAGCCUGUCGCAGAAGUUACUGAGACAUCUGUCGUAAAAGUCACUGAGAAGCCAAUCGUAGAAGUGACUAAGAAGCCUGUCGUGGAAGUCAUUGAAACACCUGUCGUGGAAGUGACUGAGAAGCCAGUCGUGGAAGUGACUGAAAAGCCCAUCGCAGAAGUGACUGUGAAUCCCGUCGUGGAAGUCACUGAGACACCUGUCGUGGAAGUAACUGAGAAUCCUUUCGAAGAAGAAAAUGAAAAGCCCGUCGAGGAAGUCACUGAAAAGCCCGUCGCAGAAGUAACUGAGAAGCCCAUCGCAGAAGUAACUGAGAAGCUCAUCGUGGAAGUUACUGAGACACCUGUCGUUGAAGUGACUAAGAAGCCAAUCGUGGUGGAAGUAACUGAGAAACCCGUCGCAGAAGUCACUGAGAAGCCCGUCGUGGAAGUCACUGAGAAGCCAAUCGUGGAAGUCACUGAGAAGCCCGUGACUGAAAAGCCCGUUGCAGAAGUUACUGAGAAGCCCGUUGCAGAAGUCACUGAGACACCUGUCGUGGAAGUCACUGAGAAGCCAAUCGUGGAAGUGACUGAAAAGUCUGUCAUAGAAGUGUCUGAGAAGCCUGUCGUGGAAGUGACUGAGAAGCCUGUCGUGGAUGUCACUGAGACACCUGUCGUAGGAGUGUCUGAGAAGCCUGUUGUGGAAGGGACUGAAAAGCCUGUUGCAGAAGUAACUGAGAAGCUUGUCGCAGUAGUCACUGAGACACCUGUCGUGGAAGUGACUGAGAAGCCUGUCGUGGCAGUGACUGAGAAGCCUGUCGUGGCAGUGACUGAGGAGCUCGUCAAGAAAGUAACUGAGAAAUCAAUCGUGGAGGUCACUGAAAAGCCUGUCGCAGAAGUAACUGAGAAGCCCGUCGCAGAAUUAACUAAGAAGCCCGUCGAGGAAGUUACUGAGACACCUUUCAUGGAAGUCACUGAGAAGCCAAUAGUGGAAGUUACUGAGAAGCCCGUCGUGGAAGUGACUGAAAAGCCCGUCGCAGAAGUAACUGAGAAGCACGUCGUGGAAGUCAUUGAGACUCCUAUCGUGGAAGUUACUGAGAAGCCAAUCGUGAAAGUAACUGAGAAGCCCGUCACAGAAGUCACUGAGACACCUGUCGUGGAAGUGACUGAGAAGUCAAUCGCGGAAGUGACUGAGAAGCCUGUCGUGGCAGUGACUGAGGAGCUCGUCAAGGAAGUUACUGAGAAAUCAAUCGUGGAGGUCACUGAGACUCCUAUCGUGGAAGUGACUGAGAAGCCAAUCGUGAAAGUAACUGAGAAGCCCGUCGCAGAAGUCACUGAGACACCUGUCGUGGAAGUGACUGAGGAGUCAAUCGCGGAAGUGACUGAGAAGCCUGUCGCAGAAGUGACUGAGAAGCCUGUCAUAGAAGUCAUUGAGACACCUGUCGUGGAAGUCACUGCGAAGCCAAUCGUGGAAGUCACUGAGAAGCUUGUCGUGGAAGUGACUGAAAAGCCCGUCGCAAAAGUAACUGAGAAGCACGUCGUAAAAGUCAUUGAGACCAUUAUCGUGGAAGUGACUGAGAAGCCAAUCGUGGAAGUAACUGAGAAGCCCGUCAGUGAAGUCACUGAGACACCUGUCGUGGAAGUCAUUGAGAAGCCAAUUGUGGAAGUUACUGAGACACCUGUCGUGGAAGUGACUGAGAAGCCCGUCAUGGAAGUCACUGAGAAGCCAAUCGUGGAAGUCACUGAGAAGCCUGUGACUGAAAAGCCCGUUACAGAAGUUACUGAGAAGCCCGUCGCAGAAGUCACUGAGACACCUGUCGUGGAAGUCACUGAGAAGCCAAUCGUGGAAGUGACUGAAAAGCCCGUCGUGGAAGUGACUGGGAAGCCAAUCGUGGAAGUAACUGAGAAGCCUGUCGCAGAAGUCACUGAGAGGCCUGUCAUAGAAGUCAUUGAGACACCUGUCGUGGAAGUCACUGAGAAGCCAAUCGUGGAAGCGACUGAGAAGCCCGUCGUGGAAGUGACUGGGAAGCCAAUAGUUGAAGUAACUGAGAAGCCCGUCGCAGAAGUCACUGAGACACCUGUCGUAGAAGUCACUGCGAAGCCAAUCGUGGAAGUCACUGAGAAGCUUGUCGUGGAAGUGACUGAAAAGCCCGUCGCAAAAGUAACUGAAAAGCACGUCGUAAAAGUCAUUGAGACCCUGACUGAGAAGCCAAUCGUAGAAGUAACUGAGAAGCCCGUCAGUGAAGUCACUGAGACACCUGUCGUGGAAGUGACUGGGAAGCCAAUAGUUGAAGUAACUGAGAAGCCCGUCGCAGAAGUCACUGAGAAGCCCGUCGUGGAAGUCACUGAGAAGCCAAUCGUGGAAGUCACUGAGAAGCCCGUGACUGAAAAGCCCGUUGCAGAAGUUACUGAGAAGCCCGUUGCAGAAGUCACUGAGACACCUGUCGUGGAAGUCACUGAGAAGCCAAUCGUGGAAGUGACUGAAAAGUCUGUCAUAGAAGUGUCUGAGAAGCCUGUCGUGGAAGUGACUGAGAAGCCUGUCGUGGAAGUCACUGAGACACUUGUCGUAGGAGUGUCUGAGAAGCCUGUUGUGGAAGGGACUGAAAAGCCUGUUGCAGAAGUAACUGAGAAGCUUGUCGCAGUAGUCAUUGAGACACCUGUCGUGGAAGUGACUGGGAAGCCAAUCGUGGAAGUAACUGAGAAGCCCGUCGCAGAAGUCACUGAGACACCUGUCGUGGAUGCCACUGAGAAGCCAAUCGUGGAAGUCACUGAGAAGCUUGUCGUUGCAGUGACUGAAAAGCCCGUCGUAGAAGUAACUGAAAAGCCUGUCGCAGAAGUCACUGAGAAGCCAAUCGUGGAAGUCACUGAGAAGCCAAUUGUGGAAGUGACUGAGAAGCCUGUCGUGGAAGUGACUGAAAAGCCCGUUGCAGAAUUAACUGAGAAGCCUUUCGUGGAAGUUACUGAGACACCUGUCGUGGAAGUCACUGAGACACCUGUCGUGGAAGUAACUGGAAAGCCUGUCGUGGAAGUGACUGAGAAGCCUGUCGUGGAAGUGACUGAAAAGCCCGGUACAGAGGUAGCUGAGAAGCCCGUCGUGGAAGUUACUGAGAGCCCAGAGGUUGUCGUAACUGAAAAGCCAGAAUUGACUGAGAAGCCCGUCGCAGAAGUAACUGAGAAAUCCGUCGUGGAAGUUACUAAGAAGCCCGUCGUGGAAGUGACUGAGACACCUGUCGUUAAGGUGACUGAGAAGCCCGUUGUCGAAGUCACUGAGAAGCUCGUCAAGGAAGUUACUGAGAAGUCAAUCGUGUUAGUCACUGAAAGGCCCGUCGCUGAAGUAACUGAGAAGCCCGUUGCAGAAGUCGCCGAGACACCUGUCGUGAAAGUCACUGAGAAGCCAGUCGUUGAAUUUACUGAGAAGCAUGUCGUGGAAGUGACUGAAAAGUCUGUCGCAGAAGUAACUGAGCAGCUCGUCGCAGAAGUAACCGAGAAGCUCGUCGCAGAAGUCACUGAUCCACCUGUCGUGGAAGUCACUGAGAAGCCAAUCGUGGAAGUGACUGAGAAGCCUGUCGUGGAAGUGACUGAAAAACCUGUUGCAGAAGUAACUGAGAAGACCGUCGUGAAAGUUACUGAAAAGCCUGUCAUGGAAGUAACUGAGAAGCUUGUCGUGGAAGUGACUGAGAGACCAGAGGUUGUCGGAACCGAAAAGCCAGAAUUGACUGAGAAGCCCGUCUUGGAAGUUACUGAGAAGCCUAUCGUGGAAGUGACUGAAAAGCCCGUCGCAGAAGUAACUGAGAGACCUGAGGUUGAAGUGACCAAAAAGCCGGACCUGACUGCGAAGUCAGAUGUGGAAGUCACUGAGACGCCAGAUGUAGCAGUCACUGAGAUUCCUGAGGAAGAAGAUGAAGGAUCGACAGAUACAUCUAAUGACGCCGACAUCACAGAAAAACCUACAGAGGACAUUGUGGAAGAGGAGGGCACUACUGAGUCAGUAAUCCCAACCACUGGUAAACCUAGACCUGAUGGGACGGAGACUUUUACUAAAAACCAAGUGGAGGACGGAACGGACUCGGGGAUUACAGAUGAUUUCAAGAUUGUUGCUGAAGACGCCCAAAUCACAGAAAAGCCUACAGAGGAUGAAGUAGAAGAGGAGGGCAUUACUGAGUCAGUAAUCCCAACCACUGGUAAACCUAGACCUGAUGGGACGGAGACUUUUACUAAAAACCAAGUGGAGGACGGAACGGACUCGGGGAUUACAGAUGAUUUCAAGAUUGUUACUGAAGACGCCCAAAUCACAGAAAAGCCUACAGAGGAUGAAGUAGAAGAGGAGGGCACUACUGAGUCAGUAAUCCCAACCACUGGUAUACCUGAUGGGAAAGAGACCGGUACUGAAAAGGGGGAGUAUGGAACAGACUCUGGAGGUAAAGAUGGUUCUGAUAUUGUUACAGAAGAACCCAUCGAACGUACCGAAUCUCCUCCUCCGAUGACGUUCGCAAACGCUACUACCCAAGGUCCUGUAACUGCAACAGAAGGCACCCCUGAUUGUGGAGCCGAGGAGUGUGGAGUGACUGUUUGUGCUCUUCAGCAGUGUUGGUGCGAGGUGGGAGGUGUGGUGAUAUCGGGAACCAAUCGGGACGCUAGCAAUUCUCUCAAGUGUGAGUACAUCCACAAGACCACAAACUGUAUUAGAGAGCAAGCCUCAGUGAGUUAUGUCAGAUGCGAUGAGUUUGGAAAUUAUCAGCCAUCACAGUGUCAUCCAAAGGGACACUGUUUCUGUGUCAGUCGCUAUGGAGAAGAGAUUCCUGGAACAAGAUCCUUCUUUGAGGCUUCUUGUUCGUUCUUGAACAUACCGGAAAUAGGAGUGGAGGAAAGUAAGGCUGAUCUGUGUUUGGAGGUACAGAGUAGGCAGUUGUCUAUUUACUCUGUGGACAGAUACGUUGCUCAGUGUAACAACCAGGGAGGGUACGUGAAGGAGCAGUGUGACGAAGAAGAGUGCUGGUGUGUUGAUACUUUGGGAGCCAGGUUGCCGGACACGUUCCACCCUCGCUGGGGAGAUCCUAUCUUUAUUCCUUGCGACGACAGACUGUGGAGUGCCCAAUGUCUGAGUCCCAUGGUUUGGAGAGAAGGAGCGAACGUGUGUGCAGCCACGUGUUCUGAACCCGCCCCUGAGGGCAGUCAGUGUAAGGGACAAGUCACCAGGUAA